CAAAUUGGGCUGGAUGCUUUUAGUUGGUGUCAUUCAUCUCAGAUUGUUCUCGAGUUGAAUGAGUAUUUUGUCUCUGGGAUUCUUGAACUCUCAAAUGUGGUAAUGGUGAAAGAGAUGAACCAGAUUUCAAAGUGAAGAUCUUAAUUGUGCAAAUCUCAAUACAGUACGAGUAGCAGCUUUCUUGAAGCUUGUAGAUAGCAAAAGAAUGGUGUAUUCUCCUGGAGUUUCAGUGGUGGGACAGUCAUCGUGGACACCUGCAAUGCUUCAAUCGCGUCUCUAUCAGAAUUCCUCAAAGCCAUUGUCCAGGGUAUUGCCUGGGAAACUAAUGGCCAACUGCUGUUUAGAUCAUCCAAUAGCAAGGAAAGCGAAGUUUAGACAAGUAUUAUCAGGUGUUGCUGCAUCGAUAAUUCUUCUCUCUCAAGCCAACCUGGCUGUUGCAGAAGAUCUCACCCAGAACAACAACUUGUGCCACCUUGCAAGUGCUAUAAACAGCCUGCCACCACUGCCUUUGGACAAGGGAGAUGGUGAAGCCAGUGGAAAGGUCAUGAUGAUGAGUGGUAUGACAGCAAAGGAUUUUGAUCCUGUGAGAUAUGCUGGAAGAUGGUUUGAAGUAGCUUCACUAAAACGUGGAUUUGCAGGACAAGGUCAAGAAGAUUGCCAUUGCACCCAGGGUGUAUAUACAUUUGAUAUGACUGUACCAGCAAUCCAGGUUGACACCUUCUGUGUUCACGGAGGACCUGAUGGCUAUAUUACAGGGAUAAGGGGAAAAGUUCAGUGUCUUUCUCAGGAAGACUUGGAAAAAGAAGCAACCAAUCUAGAAAACAGUGAGAUGAUUAAGGGGAAAUGUUAUCUACGAUUUCCUACGCUGCCAUUUAUCCCUAAGGAGCCCUAUGAUGUGAUUGCAACUGAUUAUGACAAUUUUGCCCUUGUUUCUGGAGCAAAAGACAAAAGUUUUGUUCAGAUAUACUCGAGAACACCAAACCCAGGUACGCAAUUCAUCGAGAAGUACAAAGCAUACUUGGCAAAUCUUGGCUACGAUCCAAACAAGAUUAAGGACACCCCACAAGAUUGUCAGGUGAUGUCUAACAGUAAGCUUGCGGCUAUGAUGUCUAUGCAGGGGAUGCAGCAAGCUCUAACCAACGAAUUUCCUGAUCUAGAACUGAAGGCCCCUGUAGCACUUAAUCCAUUUACAAGUGUAUUUGACACUCUAAAGAAGCUUAUUCAGCUUUAUUUCAAACAAUAAUAUGAUUUAUCAUCAGGACUUCUGCUUUGUACCAUAUUAUAGAUCUACAACCCUCAAAGAUGUUUUCAAGCUGCCAAUAUGUAAUUAGCAUGUACAAGGAACUACAGUUCUUCCUCGAUCUUUUCCUGGGAAUGAAACAUAUUAGUAUUUUGGUUGAA